UAUUUAAUCAGUCAGAAAUUAACAAUAAAAUAUCAAACAAGUCAACCAAUAGCGAAAUUACAAAAUCAAAAAUCUUAAAAAUGGCAAAAAUCAUUUUAGUAGCAAUGCUCUGUGUCCUCUCUGCCGCAUACACUAAAGGAGAUUUCGAUAAAACUGGUGCCAUCAAAGAGUUCAUGGAUAAUGCCGAGGCGUGCAAAACUGAAACAGGAGCUACACCUGCCGAUAUUGAUGAUAUGCUAAAUAAGAAGCCAGCAUCUGGCAAGAAUGGAAAAUGCUUACGUGCUUGUCUGAUGAAGAAAUAUAAAGUGAUGAACGCUGAUGGUAAAUUUGAUAAAGCUGUUGGUAUGGAACAUGCCGUAAAGUGGACCAACGGUGAUGCUGAAAAGAUGGUGGUUGCUACUGAAAUUGCUGAUUUCUGUGAGGGUCUUGCAGUUUCCAGUGAUCAUUGCGAUGCUGCUGAAGAGUAUGGCAAAUGCUUCAAGGAACAAGCUAAGGCACAUGGAAUAGAAAAAUUCGAAAUUUAAAAAAGAAUAUACUUAACAAAGUACCUGACUCUGAUAAUAUAAUGGCAAAAUAAUUGAAAAUUAUUAUUAAGAAUUUAAUUUUUUUGAAUUGAAUUUUUGUUUACAACCUUCUUUUGUUAAUUACUGCAUAAUAAAACGCAAAAAAAAAA